AAUAGUAGCAUAAUGAACAAAUUACUUCAAAGAAGUGGAGGAAUCCCUUUUGUGAAGUGUGAUUAGAAUGGUAAAAUGGAAAAGUGUAAUGUAAAUGAAAUGAGAAGUGAAAAUGAGUAUGUAGUGUAUUGUGAUUAAACAAUAGGAUUUUUUUUUAUGUAAUAUUGUUUUAAAUUACUGAAUUAACAAACUUUGGAAAGAAAGUUAUAAUGGCAGGAUUUGGUGUCAUUGUAGAAUUUUCUCGAUCAGAAUUCACAAGUGCAGAUAAUCUAAGCUGCUCUGGAGUGUAUCUGGGGAAUGGGUUUGUUCUCUCACAUGGCACAAUUAUCAUUGAUGUUAUCAAGAACAAAUUGGGUAAAGCCCUUCUCCAAGAAAUCUUAAGGAAAGGUUUUAUAGACUAUGAAAAAGAUGCAAUCUUGAUAACUGAAACCUUCCAAGCAACAUGUUCAGAAUUCCAAAUAUUUUUUCCUGCUGAACAAAUGAAUAGUGUGAAAGAAGAGCUUCAAGCCCCACUGAAGACCACUUUUGAUGAUCAAAGAUUCCUUCUUAGCUCAGCAUCUUCAACUGAAGCAGAAAAUGGAACUCAUGCAAGUCACUCAAGAGAGAAAACCAUUUGGGAAAAACCCAGUAAUUCCACUACAGCAAACUACAAAUCAAUGCAGACAACCCAUGGAUAUUCCUCCCAUCCAGCAUCUGUUGCCAUGGUUUUUCUCCAAGAUGGUAUAACGGAGAGCCUGUCUACCAUUAUGCCACCUUCUCAGGGGUGGAAGUUGACAGAAGAUAAAGAUGAGAAUCUUACAACUCGGUUCGAAAGAAUCCUUCUCUCAACCUUUGUAGUUCUAAAAAUAAAGAACAAUGGUCAGGAAGAGGUUGGGAAAGCAAGCAUUACAGAAUUGAUAUCUUCAGUGAAAAGAUUAGCAAACAUCACAACCAGGAGUCAAAAAGGAUCAGGUGUGUUUGUGGAGAGUUCACCAUUUGGAAGCUUGUCUCCAGAUGUAUUUCUGAAUUCCCUAAGCUAUGGCAUCAUCAGUAAUGUCUGUGGCAGUAAUGGUGAUGUGCUGUUAACAGAUGCUCGUUGCAUUAUGGGAUCAGAGGGAGCUCCAGUCUUUUCUGAUAAUGAAAAAAGAAGUCUUUGUGGGUUGGUUAUCUCCCCAUUUUGUUGGCGACAAGGAGAAUGGCUUGGACUUACACUUGUGGCAUGUGCAUAUUCUGUCCUUACCGUCUUAAUGAACCAUUUGAAGUCUGACUCACAGGAAGAGAACCGCCUAGAGUUUACUAAAAAUGUUGAGUCAAAUAAGCAGUCCACUAUGCAACUUCAUGAAAUUUCAAAUAGCAUCAGCUCAGAGCUGUUUGAUGAUAAGAGCAGUGUUGUGUCUAUGCACUGGUGUGAGAAAAUGUUGAAGAAAAGCAUGAAUGAAGGUUUUGCCAAGAUUGUGGACAGUUGCGUAGUUGGAGUACAGUGCGGUAGUGGCUGGGGGAGUGGUGUGAUAGUUAGCAAAACUCCCGGAGUUAUUAUUACUUGCGCACAUGUCAUAGCUCCAGCAAAUAGUGAUGCAGUCAAAAUUGUGCUGGCAGAUGGGUCAAAUCACCAAGGUCAGGUAGUUUUCAAGACGAGACCAGCCACCUUGACCACACAAAAUACAGGGACAAGCAGGCAGGGGAAGAGUGUGUGGGAUCUGGCUAUUAUUGUUACUGCCAAGUCUCUGCCUUCUUCCUUACCAUUAGCUACAGAAAUUCCUCCAAAAGGCUGGCCUGUUGUGGUGGCAGGAUAUGGAGUAUUCUCCCCUCAAUAUCUGCCUACACCAACUCUGUCUCGAGGGAUAGUUUCAAAAACUAUAAACUUUCCUGCUCAGUCUCUUCGUCUGAGUGAAGAUAAGGGCUUUGCAAUGGAGCAUCCCAGCAAUUCUGAGGAAACAAGUAUUUUAAUGAUAAGCAAAGUUAGGGAAGAUUUCACAGGUAGUAGUAAAAUCAAAGCUGGAUUUUUCAAUCAAUCAUCCCAAAACCUAGAACCUCACUGUGCUAGAGAAGAUGACAAAAAGCACAGUAUUGAUUCCUUUGCUGACUAUUGGACAGUAUGCAUGAAAAAUGAUCAGAUGGUACCACUGAUGAUGCAGACGACAUGUGCUGUAUAUGCUGGAACAAGUGGUGGGCCUGUUAUUUCCCUCCACCCUCAGCAUGGUUUCCAGGUUGUUGGCAUAGUGGUGUGCAAUACCCAAGACACAAAAAACAAAGCUACCUUUCCUCACAUCAAUUUGGCUGUGCCUGCCCCUACAAUAGCAAGAAUAAUGGAAGAGUAUAUCAUUUCAGGAGAUAAGAAUGUGCUGAGCUACUUAGAUAUUGAAUCAACUGCAGCUUCUCAAUUGUGGGCUUUAGGUGUCUUGCCUAAAUCGAGUUUGUAAUUGAAUUACAAAGAUUUCUUGUCCAAAUUCUUGUAUCUUCUUCCAGCUUAUUGAUACUGGGUUAUUAAAUACUUCUAAUGCA